AUGUCCGACAAAGAGGAUAACAACCCUCAACCCCCUCAGCAAGAGAACAAUAACCCCGAGGAAGAGAAUAACAACCUGGGGUCCCCUCAGCCCAAGGAGGAGCAGGACGUUGAACCCAAGCAAGAGUCUCACUCUGACGCUGAGCCUAAACAAGAACCCAAGUCGGACAACGAGUCUAAACAAGACCCCGAGCCCGACCCUAAGCCACAAGAAGAAUCCCAACCUGACACUGAACCCAAGCAAGAGCCUCAGUCAGAAGCCGAGCCCGAACCUCAACCCCAGCCUCAAAAAGAAGAACCUCAGCGGCGUCCAAGGAAACCCCGCCCACAGAAGUACCAACAGGACUCGGAUACUGAGAACAUCAACCGCGGCGACAUGGAUAACACCGCUGUGGAGAAGCCUCGUCGUCAGCGCCGCUCACGUCGCCAGCAACAAGAUGGCGGUCCCCUCGGCGGCCUCGGUGGUAUAGACCAGGCCGGUGACCUCGUACAAAAUACAGCCGGCAAUGCCGUCAACGGCGUGACCAACACCGCCGGCAAAGCUGUGGGAGGCAUCCUAGGCGGCAACAAAGGGGAAGGACAGGAAGAUAGCGGUGGCAAGGACGAACAGCUGCGGUUGCGGCUGGACCUGAACCUGGAUAUCGAAGUGCAACUCAAGGCUAAGAUCCACGGUGAUCUAACCCUCGGCUUACUGUCACAACUAAAAACGAUCAUGAACGCGCUUAAUAGAAAAAGCACAUAUCCCACUUCGUCGGCUCUCAUGAAAUUUUUCGAUACCAUGUUACUGUUCCACUUCCCUCCGCCUGCGUAUAUUGUUGCCUCUUCCUCGUCGAUAAUCGCAGAUUAGAUGGUCCUUUCUCCUUUUGUUCCCCUUGAGCUAUAUACUUAUUAGCGUUGGUUAUAUGAUGGCAUGAGCAACGUUCUCUCCUUUCCUUCCGUUGGUGCGAUGCUUGCAUGUAUAUUAAUUCCAGGCUUGACUAUGAUCAUGGUUAAGUCGUUGAGUGCGUGGAAUGGGUUAUUAAUGAAUUG